UAGGACCCAUCGCGGCCGGUUGCGUUAAGGUCAGGGGUCAGGUUCCGGGCCCCGCGGACGGCAGCGGCCGCGCCUUGAGGGGACGCGGAUCUUCGCCGCGAUGUCGGGACCGAACGGGGACCCGGCUGUUAACGUGGAACGUGAGGAGGACGAUGUAUCCGCCGAAGAGUACGAUGCACUCAACUUGAUGCUUGAUCAGAUCAACUCUUGCUUGGAUAACCUUGAAGAGAAGAAUGAUGUUCUAAAUGCUAAAUUUCAAGAACUGUUGGAGUCGAAUCGUCAGGCAAGGAUGGAAUUUAGGCAGCAACAAAUUGAUGCAAUGGCCCUUUCAGUAGAAUCCAAGAACCAGAAGGCUUGACUCAUCUCACCAAGUUCUAAUCAUGUUCUGUUGAUUAUAACCAUUGAAUAAUUUUCCUCUGACCCACAUUAACUAUUUUCAUCAGCUCCCUGUAACAUCUGACUGUAUGUAGCAUCUUUUUAGAAACAAAGAACUGCAGAUGCUGGAACCUAGAUGAAAAACACUAUGAUGCUGGAGGAACUCAGCAUGCCAGACAGCAUCCGUGGAGAAAAGCAUGUGGUCAAUGUGUAGCAUCUUUUUGUCUGUUUUAAUUAUAGAAUUUCCUUGUUUCUCCCUUUUUAAAGAAACCAGUACUGUUCUGCACAUUUUCAUUUUGAUAAGAACACUUAUUUAUGGAACUCAUUAGUGUUUGAAUUUAUGCACAAGUCUGUACUGGGCUCAAGGACCACUGCAGUUUUUUUUCUGGUUGCCCCUAUUAAUGUUCAAAGUAAUCAAUACUUCUCAAACUUUCAAGUAAUGUUUUUCUCCAGAUAAUCCAAUUUUCCCUUAAAUUUUCUGCCAACUCUAUUCACCAGAUUCUGCAGAAGUUCCUUCAGUCUAAAAUUCCUUUCAUCUUGUUACCAAAUCGAGAUUCAGACCAUUUAUAUUACGUGCAUAUGUCAGUUUAUUUUGUCUGCCCCUCUUAAGAUCUUGAUUAUGAUCCAAAAUAUCAUUUGAAAGUGUUCUGCUCAAACAUUCCCAGCUUCCAUAAUGGUGUUUGCUGCCAGAAGCAAAUGUACUUUGUAUUUCAAUGUCAUUUCUCAAUGCAUCUGUUAAUUCAUGUGUGGCCAGUUUAGAGCUUGGUUCAUUUUGUUAAAUUGUUUUGUAAUCCACAGUUAAAAUCAUACUAUUCCAUUGUCCUGUCUUGUGGGGAAUGGAUGAUGAAACAAUGAAAAAAAUGUUGAUAGCAAAUAACUCUGAAGUGAAGGAUGUUGCAAGGUGCUUCUUCAAUUUUAUUCGAAUGGGAUAAACUGUUGACUUAAAAGCUCAAAGCUUUCACACUGGCUCUAGAAUUAAUUGAAUGAAAAUAUUUUAUAACUGCUUUGAAAAUUGUAUUAUCCACACAGAAUUGGGCAAUUUACUACUGUCAGUACAUGGAUAAUGCAACUUGCUGAUAAAGUAUUCAGUGUUA